GGUCUACAUGAGGUCUAUAAUGAGGUCUAUAAUGAGGUCUAUAAUGAGGUCUACAAUGAGGUCUACAUGAGGUCUAUAAUGAGGUUUACAUGAGGUCUAUGAGGUUUACAUGAGGUCUACAUGAGGUCCAGGUGACGACACCUCCCAGGUGAGAACACCUGCCCAGGCUGCCUUGUUCGACCUGCAGGCGGGAAUAACGAAUGUUUGGCGCAAAAUGUAACGGUAGGAUAGCAAAUCAAAGGCAAAUGCAUGCAUAAUUGCAUUCAAGAAAUUACGCAGAUAUUGGAUUAUUUUAGCAGGCGUACGAAAGCGGAUCAACCUCUCAGCAGGAUAUCCGGUCGUGGUUUCGGAGGUUAUGUGGUUUAUAGAGUAUGUUAUAAUAUUAAGGUUAUGUUGGGGUCAGGGUCUGGUGAGGCGCCACCGGGAGAAGCGGCACAGCGCGGCCGGGCGGAAUGACUUGAAUGCUGAUUGUGAUCCGAGCAGACGAGCGGCGAUGGAUCGCUUCCUGCAGAGGGGCUGUAGGGAGCCGUCACCGCCCGCUCUCCAUCUCCAUACCUCGGUACCCUCGGAUCAAACACGGGGAUCGGGUUCUUCCUCCGAGUCACGCAAACACGCACUGAAACGCGAUAGAACCGGUGAAGUAACGGACGCGGCGGACUCGCCGCUCCUAACCGCGUUGUGCGGCAGCGGCGUCGACGCGGCAGAGCAACGCGUCGUCGCGGCUACGCGGCGCGGCGCUCAGCCAGGCGGAGGCGCGGUGAUGUUGUCCACUGCGGGCCAGGCGCUCCGGGAGCCCGGCCACGAUGUCAUAACGGCCCCUAAGGAGGAGCGGAAGGGGAAGAGAGCUAUGAUGAUGAGGGGCUGGAAGAGAGAUGCUGUCAUCAGGACGAGGAAGGAGAAAUACGCGGAUGUCUUCGCACCGAGCGCCCUGCCCGAGCUCUUGAGCAGGGACGGGCAUUGUGCGGCAGAGUGGAUGGGAGUUGAGAACGAAAACGGGCAGGAGAACGGAAUGGUCGGAAUAAACGAAUUGAACGGAUUGACCGGAUUGAAGAGCGGCAGCGCGGCGGUCGUCAGCCCGGCCGUCAAGAAGCACCGCGGAGCGGAUAAGUUGGACUCCAUGUUCCCCGUGCCACCCCCCCCCAGCCCCUGUCGCCGUGGCCUCCCCGGUUCCUCCCCCAAGCAGGUGGUGGUGAUGACCCGCUCAAUCGGCACCAACACCCCAGAAGGAGCGGGCGCUCCCGGGGGCCCUGAGCCAGACUCCGCCUGCCUGGGGCCCUGCCGACCAGGGACCAGCGUCAACCUGGAGGGCAUUGUAUGGCACGAGACGGAGGAGGGUGUGCUUGUGGUAAAUGUGACAUGGCGGAAAAGGACCUAUGUGGGAACACUGUUGGACUGCACCAAACAUGACUGGGCACCUCCAAGGUUUUGCGAGUCUCCCUCCAGCGACCCGGAGAUGCCAAGUGGGCUGUGCCGAGGCAAACGAAUGCGAUUGGCUAUCUCCGAGCGCCCCUGUGUGGAACCCCUCCCGGUCUCCAAGGUCCGGGGCCUAUCACAGCACAGGAGCCGGGGAGGGGGCGUGACCGGAGCCUCGGGGCCGAUCCACAGCAAAGGGCGGAGAGGCAGUCUGAACCUCAUGAACAGCAGCUGUCGGGCUCCUCCGUCCUUCUUCACGGUGGAGGAGGUGAAGCCGGCCAGCAGCACCACCCUCUCCUCCACCCUCUCCGUCCCCGGGAAGAGGAAGGUGAAGCCCCCUGGGGACCUGGACCUCAGCCUGCUCGCCUCCGACGACAACAAACUGGGUAACGGCAAGCGGAUCCGAGCCAAGGCCCGCAGCGCACCGUCCACGCCCCAGGGGAAGGCUGACCCCUCCUUCAUGGACCCUGGGGGGGGCUGCACCUCCUCCUCGCCCCCCCCUCCCAUCCUCAUUGACUGCCCCCACCCCAACUGCACUAAGCGCUACAAGCACAUCAACGGGCUGCGCUACCACCAGACCCACGCUCCACUGGAGGUCGGAGGGCAGAAGAAGCCAGAGCUGGAGCCCCUGAAGGACCCUGAGGGGGGGGAGCGCCUGUCGGACUGUGAGGACGCCCUGGGCAGCAGGACCUACCACACCUCGGAGGCUAGCAGCAACUAAUAGCAACAUGGCCUGAGCUCCACAAAGAAGGCUGCACCGCUCUACAAGGUGACCACACUGGGUUCUCCGAAGAACCGGAGACUGCUCCUGAGCACCGACACGGCCAAAACCAGGAGGACCUCGCUGCUCCGAGACGGGUCAACGACGACCCUCAGCAACCUGCCCAUCAUCUCCAACAUGACCGUGGUCUUGGAGAACUGCAGUCCCGACCGCAGCUCCACCGUGGAGAUGCCCAAACUGGAGGCAGAGGGUUUGAUUGACAAGAAGGGCGGAGUUAGUGACAAAGAAAAGGCCAAUGGGAAAGCAGAGAAGCUCUCCAAGUCCCGGGCCAACCGCCCCAUCGCGGCCCCGCCCCCCCCUAAGCUCAUCGCCGUCCCCAGCCUAACUAACCCUAACUCUGUGCACAACACCAGCAGCUCAGGCAGCCCCAGCCCAGCAGAACCCCACCCCACUAACACCCAGCACCCUCACCAGCCCCCGCCCACACAGCCGCCCACCACCCUGGUCCCCGGGGGUCCCACCUCAAAGAACCCCCCGCUCACCACUCUAAAGCCCAUCAAGCCAAAGCUCGGUCUUACGGAUCCGUGUUUGGGGAAAACCGCCUUGGUCCCCAGCAGCAAGGAAACCCGGAAGAAAGAGAAACGGAGACUUAAGGACAAACACAGCAGAGACCUGGACAGGACCUCCAGCGGGGAGGGUGGGGUCAAGGCGGAGGACUGUGGCGGCGCUGGGGGACCCAAACCAGCAGCCAGAGAAGCUCCUGGGAGCCUCCUGAAGGAGCACCUCAGUAAACAGGAGGUGGUGAAUGGUCUGACAGGAAGCCAGGAGAGCAGGAUGGCCAGUAUCCGGGCGGAGGCCGAUAAGGUGUACACCUUCACGGACAACGCCCCAUGUCCGUCCAUCGGCACGUCCCUGCGCCUGGAUGCCGGUAGCGGGAUUGGCUCACCAGAUGGUGACAGCAAGAACAACAGCCCCGCCUACUCCGAUAUCUCAGAUGGGGACGAUGGGGGGGCUGUCGAAUGUCGGUCCGACUGUCCAAGAUCCAAGUCAGACCCUCCUUCCUCUUCCUCCUCCUCCUCAUGUCCCUCCUCCGCCUCCUCCUCCUCCUCCUCCUCCGAUGAGACUCCCAACAGUCACCAUGGAAACCUUAGCAACAACCACCAGGGGAACGCCAGCAAGACCCCUCCCGCAGCAUCCAACCCGCUGUCAAAAGACUCUCAGUACUACCAGGGCUACGACUCCUACUACCUCCAGGGGUUCAUGCAGAGCGACCGGCAGACCACUGCGGCCCCCGCCUCCCACAAGGGCGUCGACGUCAAGGCAAAGGAACGGAAGGAGGACCUGAAGGAGGAGGAGCCAGUGGACUCUAAGAAGGCGGAGGGCUGCGGUCAGUCCCAGCUGCAACUGGCCAUGAGUCAGACCCAGACCGCCCUGGCCCAGUCGCUGUACUACGGCCAGUACUCCAGGGCGCUCUACUCCCACCACAAACUGUUGCUGGGCAACAAGUGCUGCGACCAGGCGCUCGGCGGCGCUAAGCAACGGUCGGACCGCGGGCCGGCGGGCCCCGGCCGGGAAGGGGAGGAUGGGAAAUACGCAUCAGCAGGGUCAGGAGGAGCGGCUGUGCCGGCCCAAGGGGGGGACGGUACGAAGGGCUGCUGCUCUAAACCCACACUGUCCUACGCGGAGAAGGGCGAACGAGGGGAUCGGGGGGAGAGGGCCGAGCGAGGGCAGCUGAGCAGCAUACUGGACCAACAGCCCGGCACCGUCAAGGCAUCCUCCUCCUCUUCGUCACUUCACAACCCAAACACUCCGACAGAUCUGGACUCAAAUGGUUCCUACUCCAGUCCCCCAGACAGCCUCGGCUGGGCGUACAGACGGCCAAGAUGCAAACAGCCACAUUAUCCUCUUGGUCUCCACGGCAACCAGCCAGAGGAAGGGGAGGCGGACCAGACCAAAGAAUGGCGAGCUACCCUGGAGCCAGUCGGAGCCAAGAUGGCCACCAUCGGGGGAGGCGGAGUUAGAGGAGGAGAAAGGGGUGGGGCCCAACAUGCCACACCCAUCAGUGAAGCGGAGGAUGCUGAGCGAUUGGAGGGGGAGGAGGUGAUAGGCGAGGAGCCAAUAGGAGGGCUGUGUGAGGAGUCGCAGAGCCGGGCAGCGGUGUCCCCCCCCCAGCAGGCCUACCUGCCCUACCAGCAGGCCCCCCUACCCCCCUUACCUGGCCCUGACGCGGUCCUCACAAGCAUGUCUCCAAACAUGGCCCACAGCUACCCUGGUUUCCACUACCCGCUAUACGGUAAGACCGCAGGGCGGGACGACCCCGAGGGACCAAUCACAGAGCCGUCCAGCCUGGAGCUCCACCCACCCAGCCUGCUCAGCCAGGGCAAGUCCCCCGCCCCGGGGGAGAAGGGCUCCCCUGAGAGAGAGAGGGAGUUGGAGCGAGAGAGGAACCAGGUGUCCUUUGGCCGCCACCUCCACACCCACCACCACACCCACCUGGGAGUGAGCUACAGCCUGCUGUCUGCCCCGUACGACGUCUACCAAGGUUUGAGUUCCAGAUCCCUGGUCACCAAUCAGGUCACGGGACAGUCCCCUUCUGAGUCCCAGGGGAAGAACUAGCGUCAUGUGACCCGAGCGGACAUUAUCAGAACUAGGGUCAUGUGACCCGAGUGGACAUUAUCAGAACUAGGGUCAUGUGACCCGAGCGGACAUCAACAGAAACUAGGGUCAUGUGACCCGAGCGGACAUCAUCAGAACUAGGGUCAUGUGACCCGAGCGGGACAUCAUUAGAACUAGGGUCGUUAGACCAUUAGUUUCCCUGAUGUUGAAGAAACAUUCCCGCUUUCAGAUCAGAAGACAAACAUGUACUUUUAAUCGUUGUUAUUUCUACUGACGACUGGUUUAUAACGUGAAGAGAAGCAGGCAGAGGUGACUUGUUUGAGUAGACAAAGGAAGAAAGACGGAACCCAAUAGCUGAAGACAGGAGGGGGACACCGCUGGGCACCGUUGUAGAGGGAAGUGACCCCAUGAUCCAGGGUUAGGGUUAGGGUAACCCUAACCCUAACCCUAACCCUAACCUCACAUCAGAUGAAGAGUGAUGUCAGUGUGAUGUCAUAGGGUUGAAUGUAUCCCAGAGAGGCGAGAAAAUCCUUACUAUCAUUCUGAUUAUUCUAAUUAUUAUUCUUAAUUAAUUAUUAGUAUAACAUUAUACUAAUAUUAUUCUAGUAUUACCGAAGCGGCCCUGUCCGCCAUGUAUUACUAAUAAUCUGUACUUGGGUGUUACCAUGUUGAUUGUAUUGUCUUUAUGUGAAAGUAAACCUUUCAUCCGGACGCCUGGAGCCACCAGCCCUGUAUAUUCUGUAUAGAUUCACACUUAAACAGCCAUCUGUGGUCAACUCUUCUGGACCAGUUGUUUCCAACUCUAGUCUAACCCUGCUAAAUGCUUUUAACUCUGUUUUAACCCUGCUACAUGUUUUAACCCUGGUUUAACACUGCUACAAACUUUAAACCCUGGUUUAACCCUACAACAAACUUUAAACUCUGUUGUAACCCAGCUACAAACUUUGAACUCUGGUUUAACCCUGCUACAUGUUUGUAACUCAAGUUUAACCCUGCUACAUACUUUAAACUCUAGUUUAAAGACCAGCUCUAUCAAACAUACCAGAUGUUCGAAACCAUGCCACGCUUUUAACUUUAGUUUAACCAUUACAGAUGUUUCAAACUUUAGUUGAACCAUACCAGAUGUUUAAAACCAUACCAGAUGUAUAAAGCCAUUCGAGAUGUCCCAGGCAUCAGGACCUCUGGAAUGACCCUCAUCCUAACCAUGACCUUUGGAAUGACCCUCACCUUAACCCUGACCUUUGGAAUGACCCUAACCCCAUAAAUGUUAGGGCAAAAGUGUGAGUCACCUCUGUUGGUGUCCAACAACAGAUCACAUGAUGUGUCUUUUGUAAUAAAAGCAUGGAACACUCACCCUGUAUUUUAGCGCUUACGUAAAUUACUAAAGCUACGGGCAACAUUACCGCCAUGCUAAAGCUAUAGUAGACACUGAUGCUAAAGCUAUAGUAGAGACAGAUGCCAAAGCUAUAGUAGACACUGAUGCUCAAGCUAAGUUUAACCUUCUUCCAGAGCUCUGUGACCAAAGCACAACUCAGACAAACAUAUUUAGAGUUCUUACAUGUAGAAAGUAAAACUGGUUUGAACAGGAAAUGGAACAACUAUACUGAUUUAUCAGCUAAACCAAGCCUGUCCCUAUCCCUUACCCUACCUUUACUAACCCUAACCCUGACCCCAACCCUGACCCUAACCCUGACCCUUACC